AUGGGCCGGAGUGCGUCCGAGAUUAUUCAAGAGCUUCAAGCUUUUGGAUCAUGUGAUGUUGCUGAUGGUCUGUCCAAAAUCAAACAUCCGUAUGGCGGGUACCUCGAAGGUUUGGUGAUGUACUCGCCCAAACUACAGGAGGGAGACACCAAAAUUAUUGGACAAGCAUUUACCGUCAAGUUUGUGCCAAAGUCGGACAAGCAGGCGCCUUCAAUAUCAGGACAUUAUAUUGACAAGGUGCCAGCAAAUCAGGUCCUAUUCAUGUCACAGCCGGAGCCACACUUGAACGCCGUCUUUGGCGGCCUCAUGGGCUUGCGUGCUCAAGCACUGGGAGCUGCUGGAGUCGUCGUAGACGGCAUGAUCCGAGACUUAGGAGAACAUAGAGCACUAGGCAUGCCGGUAUUUGGCCGAGCAGUCGGCACGACGGCCGCGAAUGAAGUGUGCCGGGUAUCUGAAGUAAAUGUCCCUGUCAAGCUCAAUACAAGCAAGCAAGAUGUCACGAUUUCGCCGGGUGAUUUCAUUGUCGCAGACUUGAACGGCAUCGUUUGCUUGCCACGGGAGCUGGCGGAUGCGGUAUUGGAUGUCAUCCCUGGGAAAGUAGCAACCGACAACAAAUGUGCAGAUGGCAUCCGUAAUGGUCGAUCGGUAGAGGAUGUGUUUAAAGAAUUCAGAUGA